CUCGGCUCUCUCGUACUUCUAUGGGGUGCUACAGGACUUCGACAGGACCUCGUGGGACUGCGUGCUCCAGGGUGCCCUGUCCACCUUCUCCAACACCAGCUCCUUCUUCUGGACCAUGGCCAUUGCUCUCUACCUCUACAUCACCAUUGUGAGGGGCUCGCCCACCGGCACACGCUUACUCUGCUGCUUCCAUGUCAUGAGCUGGGGAAUCCCCCUUGGCAUCACGGUGGCGGCUGUUGCCCUGAAGAAGAUUGGCUACGAUGCCUCCAAUGUUUCUGUGGGCUGGUGCUGGGUCAACUUGGAUGCAGAGGAUCGAGUCUUGUGGAUGUUGCUGACAGGGAAGGUGUGGGAGAUACUGGCCUAUGUGACUUUGCCUGUGCUCUACCUCCUCAUCAAGAAGCAUAUUAAUAGAGCGCACGCAGCUCUCUCAGAGUAUCGCCCCAUUCUCUCAAGAGCACCUGCAUUUCAGCCCCAGACUUCCAUAGCAGAUAAGAAGUUGAUUCUCAUCCCUGUCAUCUUUAUCAUCCUCCGCAUCUGGAGCACUGUGCGAUUCGUUCUGACCCUCUGUAACUCCCCUGCAGUGCAAAAUUCAGUCCUGGUUGUCCUGCAUGGAAUUGGUAACACAUUCCAAGGAGGUGCCAACUGCAUCAUGUUUGUCCUCUGCACACGGGUGGUCCGGACUCGGCUCCUUUCCUACAUUUGCUGUUGCCACUAUGAGGAGUUGGAUUGGCCUUUGCGACGAUCAAGCAGCAACUGGCAGCCCUCAGAGCCCCCCAAGAACAAGGAGGUGCCAGGCCCUGAGCAGACCAAACCCCUGCUCUCCAGCACCUGA